GUAUGUGAACGAAAACGCUCUGAGGAUUGUUAUGGACUUAUGUCAUAUCACUAUAAGUAUGUGAAAGUUUCUCUUCUUUGUUCUCAUUAUUUGCUACCAGUUGUCACGGAUUAUGUCGGUUUAUCCCAACAAUGUUUGUUUUUUGUAUAUUAAGUUACAGUUAAUCUUGAAAUGUCUGUCUGAGGAUAUGUAUGUCAAAGCUAAACAUAAUGUCACUAAGACGGCCAAAAAGUCUUCUGCAAAACCCUGAGCUGCCAGCUUUAUAGCGUUAUCUGUUGCUUUUAUGGCAAAAGAAAACCUUAUGGUAGCACUGCUGGAGACAAUAGUUCGUAUCGUGAGACUCCUCUUAAGUUUUAUAAACGACCAAAACUAAAUUCACGACACCCUGGCUAACCAUGGGUGAAACAAUGCUGAAGUCACACAAUGAAAAGGUUUUGUCGGUUUUCAUCAUGCUGUACUGUAAGCACUUGUGUAUUAAGAUUGAAGUGGUGGCUUAUCAUACGUCAAUGUCUUAGUUUAAUGUCAUAGGAGAUACUUAUAUGUGGCUUUGUUUACCUCCUCAGCCUGCUAACAGCACAAUUAGUCAACACAUAUCCUAAUAUCAGAUUUAAUGCUGCCUAUGAGAAUAUCAUGAAGUUCACCUGAGCAGGUACUGUUAUUAUAGGAUCUGAUUCAAAUCCAUGGUGGUAUUUGCCUCCUAUUUUGUGGUGCUGGGGUGUUAUUAACAUUAGAGUUAUGGCAAAAACCUCACAGUAAUUUUCACUCCUAUUUUUAACUUCUCAUAGAUCAGAUAUUUUGUACACAUUUCAACUUUAAAGUUUGAUUGUAUUUUGGUUUUGAGCAAUGGAAAUGUGUAAAAUGAAAAAUAUGCUACAUUUUUUUCUAAUGCAAAUUUACCAGUAUUAGAUCAACCUGUAUAGAUAAUACAUCAUUUUAUCUCCAUCAGACUCACUUCAAGGGAUACUUAAGUAUUUUUAAAGCGAGAUUAGAUACCAGUCAGUUAGGCCUCUUUGUUGAGAAUCUGCAGGCAGAAACAGGACAUAGGUAUGCCACUGUUUUUGGCGGAUACCUCUGCAUUACCCUGUCUUCGAUUUUGAGAAGUCCAAGCACAAAUCUGAGAGGUCCAAGCACUAUUCUGAGAGACCCAAGCACAAAUCUUGGUUUGAGCGUAUGCUGUAUCCAGAAAUUCUUCAGCUCCUAACUUUUCCAUCGGAAAGCUCAUUUGUUUUUGCACUGUUUGCAGAUGCAACACAGAUGGGCUCUUCGGCAAGCAUGCAGCGGGAUCAAAAAUAGUGAAACAUCCCUUUAAGAAAGUCAUUUCCAGCAGAGAAGCUAAAUUUUUAACACAAAGUCAUGUAUUGACAUGUAGCUAUAUGAGUGAUGAAGACUACAGUAUGUUGUAGCAUUCACCUUUUAUUACUGACCAGCACAGAUUCUCUGAUUCAGCAGACUUGAUGUGACCCUGUGACCCCUGGUUGCCAGGGAGAGAGCGGUGGGGCCAUGGCAGCGGGGACGACUGCUGGGGAGAGCCAACUCCAGAGGAUUAUCAGAGAUCUGCAUGGUACGUCAGCUUUAUGUGGGUGUCUUUCCCUGUGAUUGUGUGUGAAUAGAUAUGCUGCAGGCAGCUUUAUGCUGCCAUGGUGUGACUAAAGCUAGGAGAAAGAAGAGACGAAGAGGUUUGAAAUUAUAUAAUGUCCUUAGUCUUUGUGUCAAGUCCUGGUACAAUCUUUACGUCUGGAACUAUCCUAUCUUUUCUGGCUUUAAAUUCUUUGGACAAAUUGCUGCAUUUGACCUGAUACCCCUGUAGUUAGGGUGUGGUGGCAGCAUGCAGCGAGACAGAAAGUGUGUACUGAGAGUGCACCCAUCACAGGUGUCCUUCCAGUUUUUGCGAUGGAUACGAGGCAAGUAGUUUUUUUUUUAAAACCUCUGUUGCGGUUAAAAUGGGAAAAAAAAGAGGAUAUGAGUCAUCAGUAUCAGGAUCGUUUAUGUGUAAAUGUGAAGCUGAAAUACAAAGAAUGGACGAGAUCAGUUCUAUAAUUUGGUGUUUCUUUUUAGGCCAUGUGACUCGAGGUUAUUUGUAAAUAGAUGAAUAGAGAUGAAAAAAUUGAAACCUGGCUUUUAUCUUCUAUAUUCUUCUGUAUUGCCAUUAAUUCUGGUCAUGAAUCCGGCUUUCGGGUAUUUAUCAUAACCCUGUGUUUAUUUAUCUCUCAAACUUGAUUUUGUUUUAUGUUAUGUUUUUAUCAGAGGCUGUUGCAGAGCUGGCAAAGGAGUACAGAGAAAGUGGAGAGCCCAUCACCGAUGACAGCACCAACCUGCACAAGUUCUCCUACAAACUGGAGUACCUGCUUCAGGUGUGUUUUGCCCUUAAUGUUGGUUCCUCGAUGAAUCUUAAUUACUCCAGUAAGAAAAAGAACAAAGAUGUUUUGAAAGAAGACAAUGGUAGUAGGAUAAUUGUCUACUUUACAAAAAUACACAAGAUAGAUUGUAAAUCUUGCUAAUUUGUUAAUUGACUUUUGUUACAAACAUAUAUAUUUUUUCAAUAUAUAACAAAAAAACUGUCUCUUUAUAUUUAUCCUUCCUGCAGUUCGACCAGAAGGAGAAGACCACAUUUCUUGGUACGAGGAAAGAUUAUUGGGAUUACUUCAGCGACUGUUUGGCUAAGGUCAAAGGAGCCAAUGAUGGGAUCCGUUUUGUCAAAUCCAUCACAGAGGUAUUAAGAUGUCUUUGCUUGUUGUUUACAGUGAUACCACUCAUUAAUCACUGAUCACAUACUGGUCAUCCAGAGAAUGUGACCAUCCCUAAACUCACUUGACUUACUGUGACUCCAAUGGAUUUUUUUUUUUGCUCUCAUGUUUUUUCUAAUUCCUCAUACUACAGACGUGACACAACACACACACACACACACACACACACACACACACACACACAAAGAGCCUGUCGCAAUACUCUUUCAAGCUUCAUUAGAUUUUGUAAUUAUGAAAUGUUUUGUUUUCUUCAUAUAUCAUGAACAGGUUGUAAGAAAAGGAGUUGAACAAUGCCGGUUACACUUAAAAUACAGUAAACUGACUGCGCAUUUAUGGCAUUACUGUUCAUGCUUGAAUACAAAACUAUGAUUUAAGGUUAAAUAAUGUUGUAGUUUAGUAGUCUGCUGUGUGUAGAAUCUCCCUGUUGAAAUGAACACAGCGUCCUCUUUUGCUUUGACAGCUGAAGACCUCUCUGGGGAAAGGACGAGCGUUUAUCCGUUACUCCCUCGUACAUCAGCGGCUGGCUGACACCUUGCAGCAGUGCUUGAUGAACCAGAGAGUUACAAGGUAAAACUUACACAGCCCAACAUUGCAAAAUUUUUAUUGAGGGUUAAGGAGAGAUAAAGAAACCAGACAGGGUCGCGACUGAAGUUGUGAAACUGACGUAUAUAAAUGCUACUUCCUAUUUUGCACCUUAAAACUUAAUGGAUGAUGAUGUGUUUUGGUGUUUUACUUCAUGUUUCUCUCCGGUGAUUAAGAUCACUAUUUCUGAAGAGGUCUGACUUUGGAAAGCAGUCAAAGGAAAUCAAAGGAAGUGGCCUGCAAGUUUAGACAUCACACUAUUAGAGUGAAGAGCAAGGCUGUGACAUUUAACAGAGGAUGUUAUGUUCCGAUGAUCAGUAACAGGUUAAAUUUCAUACCAUUAACGAUAUACCAGAUGAUAAUGCACACAACCAAAGAUCUGCAUGGUAUGUGGGUGUCUUCUCUGUGAUUGUGUGAGUAGAUAUGCUGCUGGCUGUAAUGUGACUAAAGCUAGGAGGCAGAAGAGACACAGAGGCUUGUUAAUGAUCCCUAUAAGAGUGUCAAGUCUUGGUACAGUCUUCAUACCUGGAACUGCUCUACCUUCCUUGGGUUCAAAUGCUUUGGAAAAACUGCUUUUCAUCUGAUCUCAAGGCUGUGUUGGAGGCCUUUGACAGGAUGCAGUGAGACAGAAAAAAUGUGUACUGAGAGUGCCCCCAUCAGGAGAAAUUUCAGUCAUAAUUAAGACAUUAGUUUUAUUGAUGUGCUUUUUAACCAAGUUUUUAAACCAGGAAGGCUUCAGGGGUUACAGUUAAGAAUAAAAAACUGAAAUGAACAGGCGAUAAACAAAGACAGCAAGGACACAUGGAGAAGUUAAAGUCCAGGGCUGGUAUUGAAAGCAGUACUUCCACAUCACAUACAAAAGAAAAUGAGAACAUCAGGACCCACAAUUUUUUUUAGUUAAUUUGUACAACUCUCAACUCUGCCUCCAGGUUGAUGAGGGCAAUGGUAACUUACUGCAUGUGGACUAAAAGUGCUUCUCUUCAGACUCAAAUGUCACAAAUUCUUAGUGAGUAAUACAGCAGUCAGCUACAAGGUAGUUGGAUAAGAUUUUUCAUCAGAAUCAUUCCUUGGGCAUCGUGACAAGAUAAACACAGAUAAAAUGUCCUUUUGGGUCAUUCCAUGUCAAUUCAACCAAGAGUCUCCACUCACGUCACAGAUUUUUAUACAAUUUGGUGGAGUGAUUGGCCUUCAGGAGAAACUGUCAGAGCUCAAAUAUUUUUGUUCAAAGCCAUCUAAUUAGUGAGAAAUAGGCUAACGAAUUUUUGGCUAAUUAGCAUGACAUGCGUUACAAAAGUGUUCAUAUCUCUGGAAGUAUGGCACCAAGAGAGCUGAUUCAGGUGUCAUUUUAAAGUUCUCUUCAAGCUCUAUCUUUUUGUUUAUAACAUUUUUUCCCAAAUUGGACCAGAAAAAAAUUAUAAAAGACCAAAAACUUAAAUUGGAAAUAGCAAAAAACGCGCGUCCUUCAAUUUUCUUCAUAUUCACACUAAAGAAAGACUAUCAUGUCCACUAACAUCCCUGCAAGUUUCAGGAUGGGCAUUUCAUAACUUUUUGAGUAAUCAGUCAAAUUGUGUGGUACGUUAGGUCGAAAAUCGCCAUAUUUGGCACAUUAUACAGUCCUGACCUCAUCUGGAGUCAGCCCCACUUGCCUGCUUGUGUAAAAUAUUACUUCCUCAUAGUGCAAAAUGCUUUUUUUGAGUGUUUUCAUUUGUAUGUUAUCCCAUGUUGAUAUGAAAAAUGGCUAGAAUAGCUUAUUUUUGCUCAGUUUUCUAUCGCAUUUCAUUUCUCUUUGCACCUAUAUCCAGAAUAUGAAUGAUCUUAGCUUCAAGGGAGGACUAAGGACUAAUGUUGUCAGUUAUAGAAAAAAAAAAAAAGUAUCGGCCAAAAUCGGUCUCGGCAGGUAAAGCUUUUUAAAGAUCGGUGAUCGUACGAAAAACUUUGAUCCGUGCACCCCUAGUUCAAAUAUAAGAAGGGUUAAAUUUAAGCAGAAAAGUUCAAAUGGAAUUAAGAGUUUUAGCAGAUCUGACAUUUUCUGAGGGUUUAUAACAGAUAAAAGGUGUGUAAAAACUGAACCAUGCUUCUCCAUGUUGGGUUCUGACCCCAGGGACAGAAAGCAGACCUUACCUAGAGGACUUGAGUGGUUUGGAUGGUGGAGAAGAUUGAAGAUCGUAUUUUAGUCCUGAACGAUUCACACUUUAAUAAACCAGAAGCAGUAAUAUAAAAUCUAGCCUCUGACAGAUGGGGGAGCCCAUAUAAGACCUUAUUAACAUUAAAAAUUUAAAGGGGACAAUAAAAUCUGUCAUAUUUACACCUUACACUAUCCCAAAUCCUAACUCAGUCAAGACCUUAGAGCCUGGAGAGGAAGCUAUUUUGUGAGGAGUAGCUGAAGACAAUUGCAGAGCUAAGUCAGAUAAGUGCAUAUACAUGAGAGAGACGAGUUUACCCGAGAGUACAAGUGAUUUGCCUAUGUUGACUCACUGUCGUACCAAGACUCUACAGGAGGUAGUUUCCAUGUGUAACUAUGUACUGUUUACAUUUGGACAACUUCACUGUAGCACAAAACACCUGAAGAGGUGGCCUGCAUACGUUUUUUUAAAACACGCUGACAUGUUAAGACGAGCUGAAUUCUAAGAGUAAAAACCACUUCCAAGUUUUAAGAUUUUUGAAACAUUUCUCUCUCUAAUUGAAUGAUUUAAAUAUGAACUUUUAUUAAAUGAUUUGUUUAUUUGGAUCCUUGUCAGCCUUAGAAUAAGAACUCCUCUAGGCAUCUACUCAAGCCUGUGGUCGAUCUUGUAAAUACUUGUUAAUCUUGGGCAAAGUGGUAUCAUGUUUUGUACAUGCAUAUCUAGAAUACUGUGACACAGAAACCACAUACUAUCUUUGUACUGACCAACAGGUCUCUCACUAUGACUGAAUCUGUCAGAAAUGAAAGUGAAGACACUUCUAGCUGUCGUACUCUAACUUCUAACACUAACACUCUGUCACAAUUACAGUCACUAAGAAUAGUUAACUAGAUCCUGUUUACACCAUUAAAAUCAGAUCUUAGGGAUUUGGACACAGUUCUCCUUGUAUCCAUAGCAACGAUUACUUGCCCAACAGACAGGGUCUCAGAAUAAUUAACACAAUUCAGAGUCUUUGAAUAGUGUUAACUCGCAUCUGAGGUGGAGACCUGUUGUUAAUGCAAGGUGUGAUCACUCAUACUAAAGCUGUUCGCUCAAGUCCCAAUCACUAUAAUCUUCAUCUUGAUGCAAGGUCUGGACGGGCAUUUUUUCUACUGAUGGUCUUGUCUGCUUUUGAGGGUCAAACAGAGGCGUCAGUUUUGAUUUCAGUCUCUUUUGUAAUGAGUUUAAAUGCCCCACAUGCCUAAUUAAAGCCCAUUUAGAGAUGGUAGAAGUUGUUAAAAGCUAACAGAAGCUUUUUCUGUGGAACGUCAAGGAUAUAAAUAUGAGCAAAACCUUUUUUUUUUCGUCUGUAUCAUAGUCUCUGCCUUUGUUCCCAUGUUUUCAUCUCUUUCUCUGCAGUGACUGGUACUAUGCAAGAAGCCCCUUCUUGAAGCCCCACCUCAGUGUUGACAUAGUCAGUCACCUGUAUGAACUGAAUGAAGUCCAGUUUGAUGUUGCUUCAAGGGGAUAUGAUCUUGAUGCUUCCUGGCCAACUUUUGCAAGGUAACAAAUAAGAGGCUCAACAUUAAUGCUCAACAUUAUCAAACAAUAGGACCCAGACAUGUAAAUUAGCACCAAAAAAUGACCAUAGACCCAUUUUUGUGGAGUUUUGCUUGCAGAUGUAUCCCCUAAUAUGUUUAGAUUUCAUUAAGGUUUCUUUUCUUGAUUAACAGGCGGACUCUGGGAAAUGCAAACUCACCUGGACAUAUGUGGAAACCACCCAGCCGUAGCUCAAGCAUUAACAGUUUGGCUAGCACCUACUCCCAGGUAGGAUAUACCUCUCCAGUGAUGCUCCUUUACUUUGCUGUAACUUCAAAUGGUUGUAUGAAGUUGAUCACACUUGCUUUUUUUUCAACUCUUCCACCCCUGCCAACCUUCCAGCAGGCUUCUGAAAUCCCCUACAGUCCCGACUUUGGUCAGGGUUUGCUAAAUGACCUGAAUGAGUCCCUUCCUGCUUGCACAGAAGAUGAGAGCACAGUUGACGACCUUCGCCUUGAGCUGGACCGGUCCGAGCUGCACCAGCGAGAGCUCGAGGAUAAGAUGAAGCAGCUUGGUGAGGAGGCUGCUGAGCUCAGGGGGGUAGUAGUGGAGCUCCAGAGGCAGCUGGAUAUGUCCCUCUCUGCCCAAGAGCAGCAGCAGGGGUUGCAGGGAGAACUCAAGACCCUGCAGGAGAGAGAAGAGGUCCUUUCCAGGGAGGUGGAAGCACUCAGGACAGUGGAAAAAGCCAGAAAUGCUGAGCAACAACUGCUCCAGGAAAAACUGGCAGCUGCUGAAGGGAAGAACAUAGAGCUCCUGGCGAAGUUGGACGGGGUUCUGAGUGAGAAGGGCCAGCAGGCAACCAGUCACUUUGAUUCAGCUCAGAAGAUCCACGAGCUGCUGGACAGACUGAAAGAAGCAGAGAAAGGGAAGAUGGAAGCUGUGACCGAAGCAGAGGGAAAAAAGAGACAUGCUGAGAGGCUGGAGGAAGAGCUGAGAUUGAAGGAGGUAGCUGCAAAGAACAGUGAAACAAAACUCGAAGCAUUAGUGACGACUGCAUGUGAAGAGAAGGCCAAGCUGCAGGUGAAAGUAGAGGAACAGUGCAGUUCACUUGAGAAGCUGCAGGGGGCCUUGACUGUUAGAGAAAAGGAGGCAAGCAACCUACAGAAGCAGCUGCAGGACCUCCAAAGAUCUCUAGAGCAGAAGGAGGAGGAGGUGGAAGAGGUGAAGAGAAAGGCGCACCAAGAUCAAGAUGAAAUGCAGAAGAAGAGUGGUGGAUUAAAAGAAUCUCUCGAAGCAGAAGUCGCCACACUCAAGGAGCAAUUAAAGAGAAAAGAGGCGGAGCUAACGUCAAGUUGCAAGACACUACAACGGCUAGAAGGUAAAACCCACAGCCUGACCACAGAGAGAGAUAAACUGACCUCUAACCUAACUGAGCUGGAGGGUACUGUCAAGGAGCAGGCCGCUAAGGUAGACGACUACAAGACCCAGUGCGCCAAUCUGAUGGAACUCCAUGAAAAACUGCUGGCCACGUCAAAGAGAAAUGAGGAGUUGAUGAAGGAGAUGGCGGAAAAGAGAACAGCGCUUGAGGAAGAACUGGCAACUGUGGGAGCUUCUGAGAAACAGCUCCGCAGCCAGCUGGAUGAUACCAAGAUGACAGUGGAUGAGAAAGAGAAGCACCUGCGCGAGGAGAACCGCAAGCUGGAUGAGAAUUUUCAGCGAGCAACCAUCGCUGCAAAGCUCUCAGAGGACAGGUCGAAGCAACUCGAGCAGGAGAACCAGAGUCUGAGAGAGGAGCAGGACAAGGUGAAAGCAGCUCUUGGUCGCAUGCAAGCUGACUUGAAGAGCGUUCAUGGGCAGAUCGGAGAGUUGGAGAAGAACUUAGGAGCCUCACGCAAGACUGAAGCAAGCCUUCAGGAGCAGCUUCAAGCCAAAGAGGCAGAGCUAGAGAGUAAUGAGAAGAACCUUGUUGAGCUUCAGUCAAGGUUAAAAGUUCUCGAGGCCAGAGAGAGGGAGCUGGAGAGUGCAAGAGCCGAUACUGAAGCAGCGAUGGUUAAACAGGCCGAAGUGAUAGAAAGGGUUACUUCUGAGAAGAAGGUGAUAGAGAAAUCUCAACUUGAGAGGAGUGCAGUCCAAGCAAAGGAAAACCAGGAAGUGACAGCCAAAGUGGCUAUGCUCGAAGGCCAGCUGGAAAUAAGCAUGAAAGACGUGGACAGGCUUCAGGGAGAGAUCCUGGACCUCAGGGUGCAGGUUGAGAGAUCAGAGGAGGAGAAGCUAAAGGCAAGGACACAGCUGGAAGUGACAGAGGCCCAAAGAGAUGAGCUCAGGACUCUGACUGAGCAGCUUAAAUCCCAGACAGAGGCUCUAAAUCAGCAGCAUGUAACAGAGCUCAUGGAGUGCAAGAAGAGAGAAGAGACCCUGAUUGAGCAGUGUGAUAAAGAAGUAGCUGCCCAUGCUGAGCUGGCUAUCUCUACGGCAGCUCUUCGAGAACAGCUGUCCACCCUGAAGGUAGAAAAUGAGAGGCUAGUAUCGGAGAACAACGAGACACGAGAGGGUCUGCAUCGGGCAAACACAGAGAUGGCCGAGCUGGGGAUCACCAUCUGUAAGCUGAGUGCAGAAAAAGAGGAGGCGAGAGAGUAUUUGGUAGGGGAUGCUUCCAAGAUUGAAGAGCUGGAGGAAGAGGUGGGGAGGCUAGAGGAGAGCAUGUUAAACCUGAGAGAGGAGAACACCACACUGAAAGAGGAGAUACAGCAGAAGGGAAAACUUCAAGACACUGUCACUGAGCUUCAGGAGCAGCUGGAAAAAGCCAAGAAUCAAAUGCAGAACGUCAAGGACUCCGGCCGAGAGGAGGCAGAGGCCAUCAAGUUCCAGUUGAGCUCCGAGAGUAUGAAUCAUCAGGUUCAAAUGAAGGUGAGUUAGUCUACGAUGUUUCAGUGUGACUUUUAUGACUAAUGAAUGAGUCACAAUUGCUUUAAUGUCUAAAGUGUUUGCUCUCAGAAACUAUUCAGACAGGAAUGACAAGCUCAAAGAUUUAUUUUUAAACUUCACUCACAUAAUGUUUUUAUAUCAAAGAAAGCAAUCUAACAGAAGAAUACCAUCAAUUCCUAAGUAAGGGAUAGUCAGCUCAUGAGGUGCUGUGUCACCUUUGGUUGAUACUUAUCUGUCCAGCCAUUGUUAGUAUUAUUUUUUUCAAAUGAAAUGUUUUAUUGUUUUCCAAAUGACAAAAAAGACAAUGACAACAGCUGUCCACAUGAUGUGCACUUACAAUAACACAGACAAAAAAUCAAGACAAUCUAGGAGGGCCUUCUCCACACAGACACUAAGGAGGAUUUUAAAGGCUUCAAGGAAGCAGGGAUGGGUAAUUCAGCCAACAGUGUUACAAAUGAUCUUUUUGUUGCGAUAAUCUUACAAAGUUACGCCUGACAGUGCACAGACAAGGAAUCUGACUCCAGCGAACUUUACUUUCUAUAAACAAAUGAAACAUGACACAAAAAAUACUACAAUGUGUUCAAGCAUUUACAAGACAUUUAUCUUAUAUAUACCAGACUUGUUUUCUCUUCUUCCUUUAUCUCAGACAUGUAAUCUCUUUCACGUACCUUGACAUGUUUUGGAGGACACUUCCGUCUUCCUCAGAAGUUUCACUUGGCAGUAGGUGUGACACGUCAUAUCAGCUGGCGUUACGGAGGCAUGACCCUCCUGUGAGAGUCACGCCUCUGAUUAGAUAAAAGAUUACAUGUCUGAGAUAACAGAAAAAAAGAAAAAGAUUUCUAAGAGACUGAAGACUUAAUGAACAUCAUUCAACGUACACACAUGACUGUUAUAGCAGUAAUGAGAUGGAGAGGAGUACAGUGGAGUGAUUGGUGAUUGAAAACUGUAUUAUUAAUUUAAAUAUUAAUUAAAUUAUUAAAAAGGGGUGUGCAGAGGUACUUGUCAGAUGAGAGGAUGAUGUCUGCAGUGAGAAUAUGUGGGAGAAUUGUUAAACGAGAUUGUUGUGAAAAGUUAUACAGAUAAACCGUCAAAUGGUUAUUUUUGACAUCCCGGGGGAAGAAACUGUCUUUGUGUCGGCUGGUUUUGGUGUCCAGUGAUCUGUUCUGCCUACCUGAGAGGAGGAGUUUAUACAAUUUCUGCCCUUGGUGAAAGGGGUCUACAAUGAUGUUACCUGCCUUUUUCCUGAAUCUUAACUGGUGUAAGUCAGGUUGGCUCUGAUGGUUAUCCUUAGUGAACAAAUCUAAAGAAUCCAAAAGCCAAUUGCAUUUCCUGAGCAGACCAGUUUGCAAAUUUACAGACCUAAAAGCCCGAGCAACAAUUUGCUCUUGACUGUAUAUAAUGCAGCAUUUUUCCAAGAAUGGAAACAUCAGAGCACUGAGGAAUAUGAACGUUCAGUAACACCUGGAAAACAUCACCAGGGACCAGAAUGUAUUAACCAUUGGACAUGACCACAGAAUAUGCUUAAGUGUUCCGGUUCCACCACAAUCAUGUCAAAGUAUUACUUUGGUAUAUGGUGAAAUAGUUGCUAAGUCAUUUACAUUUAAACAUCCCCCUCUUGUACUAUAUGUUUAAUGUUGAUUAACAGGGGUUUGCAUGCUAAAUGAGAACAACAUCAUAACCUUAGAACCUACUAAGCCUCCCUGUAUAAGCAUUGUCAUCAUUAGACACCACUGACGAGGUCUCCUGAUGGUCAAAGUCAUGAAGCUGUUCAUCAUACCACUUAAACAAUGUAAGCCAUGUAGUGGCUGUGUUGUGUUAGACAGGGUGGUAAAAUAGCAUUUGAAAGCUAAAAAAGUAAGGAGUUAGAGAAAAUCAAUAAUUUUCUUAUCAUAAAAAGAAUUUAUGUAGAAUUAAAAUGUUGAAUUUAUGUGAUGAUUAUGAAGUUAUUAAAAGUGUAUUACUUCUGCCUGAGAUGUUUGAGAAGAUAUGAACCAAAAUGUUCUCUUUAUUAUAGACUUUCUAUCUCUGUUCUCUAUCAUUUCAGCAUUUCAGGAGAAAAGCUCGUAUUACCAUUUGUCUUGAAGCAUUCUCUUAUUUCCAUUUUCUUACAUUUCAGGGUGUCAGUGAGCAGCUGGAUAAGGUGAAAGCCCAGCUACAGAAGGAGCUGAAGAAUGUGUCCAGCUUACAGGCCAAGGUGUCUGAAUUGGAGGUCUGUGUCUGUUAAAUAUAUCCAUUCAUAUUCAAGUUACAAUGAUAUUGUUUCAAUCAAGUCACAACUGAGAGUAAGAAGAACUCAAGCAAGGAUCUAGAUUGAGGAAACACUGAGCAAGCGACAAAAACUGCUUCAAGUGUAAUAAUAAUAAUAAUGCAUCAGAUUUCAUGUAGCGCUUUUUUAGAGACCCUCAAGGCGCUUUACAUUGGAUACAUCAUUCAUUCACUCACACAGUCACACCCUGGUGGUGGUAAACUACCUUAUUAGUCACAGCCGCAGACUGACUGGGGCAGACUGACGGAAACGUGGCAGCCAGUUUGCGCUUAGUCCUCUCCAACCACCACCACACAACACUCACAAUCAUACACCAGUGGAGGACACACACUGGGAGCAGGUUGGGUUAAGAGUCUUGCCCAAGGACACAACGGACAGACUCGGGAUAGUGGGGAACGACCCGCCAACCUUCCGGUUAUUGGACAACUGCCCUACCUCCUGAGAUACUGCCGCCCAUAACCACACACAAGUGCUGACUCACAGAGCUAAAGACUUUACACAGAGUGUUAAAAAGCAUUUUUAAAUAAUUAAUGUCAUCACCAACAAAGCAUCAUCAAGCAUCAUCAAUGCCACUGUCAUCAACAUCAUCUCUAGCACUAACCAAUAAGUGCAGAGUUUUUUAUGAGGGGUGGGUUUAAUACUUUCUCAAAUGUAGACUGGGACUCUUGGGAUCAGAUGUAGCUGGGUAAGUCAUUCCACCGCUGGGGAGUACAGACUGUUCAACAUCUACAUGUAGCCUGGAAUAUAUAACGCCUUUAUAACCAACAGAUUAGCAGGAGUGAUGAAGAAAAAAGAAGAAACGUCACACGAUACAAAGCUCACAUUUUUCACGCUUAUUAACAGUCCAUGAUUGCAUAGGCUUUUCCCUUUUUGUUUCUAUUUCUAUAACAAAAUAUCUUGAUUGCAUGAACAGCUGCCGUUGAUUGCAGAAAGUAGAGAAAUGUGUAAAAAUCCCUGCAGUGAACGGUACCUAUGCAAUCAGUCACACAAAGAAAGCCACAGGAGUUCAUUAUUUUCCUUCAUGGUUUGAUUUUUCAUAGAUGUACUCUACAUAAAGCGAUCAGGUUUUUAGGGGCUGAAAAACGUCCUUUAGUGUGAGAUGCAUGAUUCAUUUUUUUCAUAAGGACAGACUUUUUUUUUUGACAUUUGCUUCUCUAUUUUCUAAUCAAGGCUGUGAAUGAGCAGUACUUACAUCUCAGCGGCGAGAAAGAUGCUCACAUCACAAAAACAGAGACAACCAUUCGAGAGAGCGAGAGCGAGAUUCAGCAGCUCAGAAAUGCGGUAACCAGGUGUGUUUACGGUGCCCUACAGUGAUGCCCUCGAGCUUUAUAUUUGAUGCGAAAAAAAAAAAAAAGAAGAGUCUUAUUUUUCUUCUGUCCUCUCUCCCUCCAGGGCUGAAGAAGCACAUCAAGCCGUGCAAAAGGUCUGUGAGGAAUUGAGGCAAAAACUCAACACAACUGAAGCUGCCAAACAAAACGAGUGCCUGAAGCUGACUGCAGAGAUUGAUGACCUCAACAGAACCAAGACCAACCUUGAGGAGCGGCUCAUCGAGCUUAUAAGGUACAACUUAUCCAGUCUGUUGAACUGAAAACAAUUUUUAAUGAGGAAAAUUUUACAUUUAAUAUCCUGAGAAGGUCUGUUUUGUUUGGUUGCUGCCUAUUUUUCUGAUCUUGUUAUGCUUCUAUAGAUAGGCGGGGGAACUCGGGCAGAGUAGCUUAAAAAAGGAUUUUUUGAAACCUGAUCUAAUUUACUGCGAAAACAAAUCUGAUAGAGAGGCCAGAAACUCCUUUAGGAUGAACCUACAAGGAUCCGUUCUUGUUUGCACAUCCCGUUUUGCUUUUGUAUUAUAUGCCCCUUCCCUGUUUUUCUUUGGUGCAUUAGUUUAGAAAGCAAAGUUACUUCUAGUUUAGGUGGCAUAUUAGAAUAUUUUGGUGUAUUUUACUUUAAAAAAACAUAAAUUGUCACUAAACUGCCAUGCAUUUGUUUUGUUUUUUUGUACAAUACUCCAGGGAUAAAGAUGCUCUGUGGCAGAAAUCAGACGCUCUUGAAUUCGAGCAGAAACUGCGAGCAGAGGAGCGCUGGUUGACAGACAAGGAGGCCACACACUGCCUCAGCUGCCAGGGUCAGUUUACCUGGUGGCUGCGCAGACAUCACUGCAGGUGAUUUUUUUAGACUACACAAAAAAAAUCCCUUCAAAUAAUCCAGGACAAAAAAUAGAAAUAAUUUGUGAAGAUUGUCCAGAUUAGCCCUGUUUAAUUCUUUAUAUAAUUUUUUAGGCUUUGUGGUCGCAUCUUCUGCUACUACUGCAGCAACAACUUCGUAAUGACCAAGCACAGUGGCAAGAAGGAGCGCUGCUGCAAGGACUGUUACACCCAGCACAGCGCAGUGGUGGAGAGGUUCACAGAGGCAGAGCUCAGCGCCUCAGACAGUCAGCCUCCUCCACCUGGAGCUGGGCCUGAGCCACCUCCUGAACCUGCACCAUAUAUACCCACCCCCAGAGUCACAGGUGAGAAGCAAGAUAGGACUAAAAUGUCUGCAAACAACUUUUACUGUAGCAGGUGAACUGGAAAGCAGAAGUGAAAAGACCUGAAUUUGUGAUUUUGAGGAACUAGAACGGAAACUUUGGCCAGAGGAAUUUGAUUCAGAAGGUAAAGGAGAAGUAGGAGACAUUUGUGUGGAGGGAAGAUGAUGUUUGCUUCUAUUGUACAGACAGAAACAUCAUCCGUGUUUUAUUUACUGUUUGUACAUGCUGUAUGAUUUUGUACAGAUGUAAUCAAAAGACUAUAAAAGGAAAAUAGAUGGUGUUUAACAAUCUGUAAUGCUCAUCUUUGACAUCCUAGUGUCAGACCCAAGUACCAAAGCUGAAGAUGGGGCUUUUGACAUCAUCACAGAAGAGGAAGUGAACGGUGUUUAUGACAGUGACUCCACCUCCCAAACCACAGGAGGCUCCACUGAAGGCGAACAAGACCGACGACCCCCGGGAGCUCUGGAUAUGUGAGUGAAAUAUACAUGUAGACAAGGCGGGGGGGUUGUGGUCAGAAUCAGGCUCAAUUAGUCAUCUCCAUGAGUCAGUAUUUACUCCCUAUUCUGAUCAGCCCUCUCAGUUGGAGGACAACCAAUCACAACACAAGGCACCAUGGAGCUUUUGGAUUAUACAAAGAUUACUCACAUACCACAGAGAGUGGAAAAAUCCACGCCCCCAUUAUUAAUUCCACAAAAACUGCUGUCAUGGUGGCUUUGACUAUGAGGCUGCCCCACAUAUAGACAAUACAGACCUCAAAGUACAGGCCCAGGUCUGAAUCCCUUAUGUCAUACGUACCCUGUUACCCACUCUAUCCUCUGUCUUAUCUUCUUAAUUGAUGCGUAAAAAGAUGGAAAAAAUUAUCUCACUACUUUUUUUUUUUUUUGUAAUUUAUUGUUAUUGACAUUCAGAAUCAGACAUUUACAAUAUAUACAUUAUGUAAGCAUACUUCUUUUGCAUCUGUUUUCUGCCCUAAAUGCUAAAACAAAAUUUUAGUUUAUAUCCAAAAAAUGUGAGGAGAAACAAACAUCCAUAACAAUAAAAUCAAAUAAAAAAAUAUGUAUCAGUAGGGAGUGAUCUUUCUCAUACAUCAUGGUCACUGGUUUGUGUAAAUAAAAUCUGCCUAUGAGGCAUGACAUAUUUGACCCAGUUUUCCCAGUAUGAUGUGAAUUUCUUCAACUUGUGAUUAACAAAUGCUGUUAUCUUCUCCAUUUUGGAAAUGUCCAUGGUAAUGUCCAUCCAUAUAUUUAAGGUUGGGCUCUCCCGUAAUAGCCAUUUCCUGGUAAUACUCUUUUUACAGACUAUCAGCAAGCUCACAACUUUCUGCAGUAUAGCACAGAAUCAUCAAGUUUUGUUAAUAAUUAAUGAUUUAAUAGGGGAUUUGGAGUCAAAGCCAAGUGUCUUUGUGUUUUGGGAGUCAUAAACAUAUGUAGAUGUAGAGAUCUCCUCAGUGCCCAGUCUUUCCAACAUAAGGAUACAGACUCUUCAACAAGAUGAAAGUCACACAUCUGCCCACACAGAGGUUCAUUUCCACUGUGCCUUUUGAUUCCUUUCUCAAUUUAUUUUCACUGUACUCUUCCUGCAUGUAUAUCACAUAUACAGUGAAUAUAGCAGUGGGAGUUAUAAAAAGAUUUUUUUGAUCUUUUAUCUGUGCGUGUUUUCACAGGAAUGUCAAGAAUUGAGAGACUGGAGAACAGCGAAGUUGUGCUUGAAUAAAAUUCACUGUCAUGAGUUUAUCAGAAAUAAGAUAAAACCUGCAAAAAUGUCUGUAUGAGUUUUGCAGACGAAUUAGUUAUGGUACCUGAUCCAAUCACUGUUACCCUUUCCAUCCAUAAUUAUAAAUCCAGAGCACAUCAGCUAACCAUUUCAUGGGAGAUUUUUGGCUGGCUCCUCCAGGAAACUUGUUUUUUCAUACUUUGAAUAGUGCAGGAUCGUCUUUUAGGGUUAAUUGAAACACCUACUAAAGAGCUGUAAACAUUAAAAACCUGUUUUGUAUUUUGCAGGAGUGCAGGAGGUGUGACUCCUGAUGAUCCCGAGGAGCACAUCCCCACUGUUCAGGACUCAGAAAUCAACCUCCUCAGAUCAGGAGAAAUCACGUGAGUCUCCCCCAUGGUUUACUUCAUCAGUUUGUGAUUUUAUCCAGUGAAUCAGUAUUUAUCCUUAUCUCAAAUUUCAUUUUUGUUUGAUGCAGUGUGGCUGUCCCUCUCAACAUUGAGGAUAUUUCGCAGUUUGGCGAUGGUUCCAGGGAACUCUUUAUCAAAUCCAGCUGUUACAGUGCGAUCACCAUAGUCAUGGCUGACUGCGGGCCAACCAUCAGCUGGAUGUUUUCCUCUGAACCCAAAAGCAUCUCCUUUAGUGUGGUUUACAGGGAAUCUGCUGACACUCAGGUGGAACAGUCAAAGGUAAAUACACAUGUUUUUUGCCCAUAAGGUUUGUGUCUAGACUGAUGGAACUACUGCAUUUACAACCUACACACUUAUGCAGUGGAGAUGCCUUGUAAAUGUGGACUCGCACUGGCAUCAAUCAGUCUUUGUACAUCUGCCACAGAAAUGUGAAGUAAAGGUAAAAGGCAGCGACAAUGCUUUUUAAAUGACUUUAUUAAAGAAAACAUCACAAGGCUCUGGGAAAUAGUUUUCUAUUAUUGAAAAUUGCAACCACUUCAAAACUAAUAAAACUCCAAAACUCAAUAACUUAUUUGUGGUUCACAAAUAAGUUAUUACGAGACACAAUAGUCUGACCCUGCAGCCCCACAGGGAGCAGGUCUAUUUGCUUGAUCCUAAAAAUUUUACUGACAGAAGAAAAUCGUUGCAGGUGUCUGGUGUUUUUUAUCAGGCUGAAGUAAACAUCCUGGAUUUGUCAUGGGUUGUAAAUGACCUUUCACUUUUCAUCCAGGCUAAUAUUCCCCUAUGUAAUUUUAGGGUCUUUUAUCAUUAUAACUCAAUUUGCAAAAGAGUUUGUACACAGUUUAAAAAUGUGAUAAAACCAGAGUUUGAUCAUUUGUGUAUCAUUUAAAGUCAAUAUUUGGUUGAAAAUAGUGCAAAAACAACAUAUCAAAUGUUAAAAUUGAAAAACUUAUUUUUUUAAUGAAAAAUAUUCACACAUUUUAAAUUUGACACCUGCAAAAUGGAGCCAUGCUGUUGUAAUACCUGCAGGGAGUGGUUUGACACUGUCAUGCUGAAAAAUGUACGGUCUCCCCUAAAAGGCCACUGCCUGGAUGUUCCAAAACCUGUAUAUUGUUCAGCUUUAAUGUUAGCUAUCUAUCCCAUGGCACUUGUGUCCUCCUGUAUCAUCUUGGAUCAUUUGCUGGCGUUUGAGACGUGGGCUGUUAACAGACUGGGCGGUUCCACUCCUCUUUUUGCGCUGUAGACAAAGUGUCCAUGAUUUCCAAAAAGGAUAUCAAAGUUUGAUUUGGCAGAUGACAGUUUUCCUCGCUUCAUUCCAUCUUAAACGGGCUGGGGCCCAGCUCAGUCCUCCAGCAUUUCUGAAUGAUGUUUGUCCUCUUUGCACAGCACAUUGCACAUCUAUGGCUGCAGUGAAAAACUGUGUACACAGAUGGUGUUUUUUGGAAGUGAUUUUGAUUUCCACGACAGAGUUAUGUUCUUUUUUAUGCAUGCCUGUGGGCUCAAAGAUCACAGCCACUCAGGACUGUUUUAUUAGCCUUGUCCCUUUUGUGCAGGAAUUUGAGAGAAUUUAAAAUGAAUUAAUCAGGAGUUGUUCCUCCAGGUGAUGUUUUUUGCAUACAUAACUUCUCAGUUUUUUGUUACCCCACUUUGGUCAAUGCUGGCAUCAAAUUUAAUAUCAGCUCAUAGUCCUUUUAAAACAAUAACAUUUGUCAGUGUAAAGAUCUGAUAUGUUGUAUAAAAACAAACCUGGAGUAUCAAAAAGAGAUCUGCUUAUGGGAGGUGCCGUUUUACUUCAAACAAAUGUGUCUGUUCCUCUCUCAGGUCCUGAUUCCUCUCACCCGCUGCAAUUCCCAUAAAGAGACAAUUCAAGGACAGCUGAAAGUGCGACACCCCGGCCUUUACACACUCAUCUUUGACAACUCUUUUUCACGGUAUUGAACUCCUGAUAUUUAUUACUGUUUUAUUCACUCAAAUAGUACCCCAUGAGAAAGAGAAUAUAAUUACAUGGGAAUGUGUGGGAAAAAAGCCUAACAACCCUCAAGGGCUUGCGAGUAGCAUCCUCCAGGCAGUAGAAAGGAGAUAAUUAGAGCAGUGAAUAUAUAAUGUAUGCAAAAUAUUUAUGUUUCUACCAGUAUUUCAGAUGUAAACAAGACAGAUUGGCACAGUAUAUGAGAUCGUGGCAUCUCUAGAUACCAGUCGAUUGCAACAGUGUGAUAAAUCACAACCAUAAAAUGUGUUACACUCUCUAUUAAAGCGCUCACAAUUAAAUAAUCACUACGAUGAACAGACUCAGAUCAGAAAAUCCCCAUUAAAGGAUCUUGACAAGACACUUCCUCUCUGUUGAGGAAACACAGAAGUGUUUUAACAAUCUAUCAACCAUUUCUUUUUAACGUCUGGCAUUUGUGUGUGUCUGAGUGUGUGUGUAUAUAUAUGUGUGUGUGUUUCAGCAGCCUUCUAUUUCACCUCAUCUUAUUUCUGUUACUUAUAGUCUUCUAACCAGAAAACCUCCUCCCAACAGGUUUAUCUCGAAGAAAGUCUUUUACCACCUGACCAUGGAGAAGCCUAUCAUCUAUGAUGGAAGUGACUUCCCAUGAAGCAGGUCCACAUCCACUUUCCACACAGACGUCAACAUGAAACCACAGAGACACUAUUGUAACGUCAGAGUGGAAAAACAGAGUGUCAAUCUAAUGACUGUUAAUUACCAACUACAAAGAGCUAUUGUUCCCAAGACUUGCUUUUAUCCAAGUAUCUUAUGAUUUAAAGUCAAUUUCUUUGUUGUUUAAGUUUGUGGUAUUAACUGUGUUCUCGCAUUUUAGCUGUUACCAGAGUUAACAAAAUGAAACAGUUAUAACAAGCAAAUCGGAAAGAGAAGUAUUCACGCAAAUUUUAGCAUGUUUUAUCUCGAUAUACACCAAGUAAUAUAUACAUAUACUUUUUGUUGAGUUAGCUUUAAAUUACUGAGUUACCAAGUUAGUAAAUGUGUAGUACUCUUAUUUUUUUUUCUGUUGUACUUGUUUGUUUGGUUUAGUCCUCUUUUUCCCUGACUGACAUCUCCAAGGAAAAAAGGUGGUUGUCAGAUAAAAGAAUAUUUAUCUGUAAAUAAAUAGUCUAUAAGGACUUAGGGAAGAUUCAAGAAAUGUCUGAAAUUAAAGUAGGUUUUAAAUAUUUAAUUUUUCAAUCUUAAAAACCAAAAGAAACAGAAAAUGUGCAGACAAAUAUUUUGCUGGUAACCUGUUUUGAAUUGACUUGUCUAAACACGAGGUUUGCACAUUGUAUAAAGGAAUGAACGAAGUAACAGGUUCCUGGAACGGAAACUACACUAAAAUGACAAAAUAUGUGCACUCUGCGCAGAUCUCAGGAGACAAAUUUCAACGUUUUCACUCCAACGGUAGCAGAUCCUCAUUUAAGAAAAGAGCUGCAGUCUUAUUUUGUAUGUCAGGAGAUCUACAAACCAGUUCUCCCUGACUUAAUGUGACAUGACUGUGAUACUCAAUUAAAGAGUACUGACAUCAGCCAGCUAAUGAGCUGACUGUCAUUUUAAGUGCCUUUUAACUCUAAAAGCCAGGGACUAGUUCACUUUUAUAACUGUAUUUUUAUUUGCAUGAAACAUGAAUCUUGAUACGAAUUAAGUAAAAGCUUCAGUUGAUACUAUGCACAUUAUACUGCAUACUACAACAGUUUUAUCUAUGCAGAUGUGUUUUUUUCUCCUAGUUUGAAUAGUCCUCUCAAAAAUUAGUGUGUGCUGUUUAUUGUUUUGGUUUUCUAGAUGACAAGGCAUUCAGACCAAAAGCCAGCAUGGUCUUUUGGAAGGGCUUCUUUCUCUGCUGCUUGUGUGGAGAUCUGUUUGGUAUCUCACAGUCAGGUCUCUUUUUAUAUUCUGUUGGGUUUAAAUCGGUGCAAUUUUUAUGCAAAAUCCUAUAUUUUCUCUACAGAGCUGCACUUUUGUGUUAAUGAUUUUAUCGAUUGUUACAAACGAUAUCAAAUCUGUGAAGUUUACACAAUCUUUGAAUGGAAUUCACACAGGGAUAGAUUUUUCUACUUGCUAUUUUUGAAGGAUAAUGUCAGAGGCAUAAACUGAGCAUGAAUCAUCACUACAAGCACGUAAUGUAUCUAUGAAUAGGCCUGUCAAACAAAUACGAAUAAAGCCCAGGGGGGAACUGAUGAUUCCA